CUCCCCCUCUUCCUGCUUGCUUGCUUGCUUACUCCACGGCGACAGUGAGGAGCAAUUGAUGCCCAGGUAGACAUUACUUUAACAUACACACAUAGCACUUAACCCACUCAAGUUUACAGAGAAGGAACAGGGAAAAGACAGAGGCUGCUGGUACCUUUUCGGGAUAGCUAACCUGGGUGACCUGGAUAGCUAACUCACCUGUGUGGGCUUCACUGGAGAAUGUAGCUGCAGCCCUCCAGCCAAGCCACAGGAAACACGCCACCAUGGGAGAAGCUCAAAAGGGCUUACUCUCUGUGAUCGAGAAACUGAAGGGAUCCACAGAGCAGGAGGUCAGGAUAGUGCUUCUGGGGUUGGACAACGCCGGCAAGACAACCCUGCUGAAGAGCCUCGCCUCUGAGGAUGUGAACACCAUCACACCAACACAGGGCUUCAACAUAAAGAGUGUUGCCUCUCAUGGCAUGAAACUUAAUGUUUGGGACAUUGGAGGACAGAGGAAGAUCAGGACCUUCUGGAAAAAGUACCUGGACAACACAGAUCUGUUGAUUUAUGUUAUUGACAGUGCAGACAAGAAGCGGUUUGAGGAGACGGGACUGGAGCUGUCCGAGCUGAUUGACGAGGACACUCUAAAAGGCGUUCCAGUGCUCAUCUUUGCCAAUAAGCAGGAUCUGGCCACAGCGUCACCGGCCAGUGAGAUCGCUGAGGGACUCAACCUGCAUACGUACCGGGACCGUGAGUGGCAGAUUCAGGCCUGCUCAGCUGUGUCUGGGGAGGGAGUUCAGGAUGGCAUGAACUGGAUUUGCAACAAUAUUGUGAAUAAGAAGAAGUGAACCAACGGCAAACAACACUGACCAGAGUCAAACAGAGAACCAUCGUAUUAAGGGAUUAAAGAAAUAUUUCACUUCAUUUAAUAUCAACACACCUCACCUAUGACAGGCCCCGCUCCCCUCACAUAUUUGAAUGAUAAUUUUGUUUUUACAAUUUUUGUCAUUUUUAUGAAUAUUUCCCAAAAGUAGCUUAUUUGAAGAUUAUAGAUACAUAUUUUAGCUACAAUAAGUGAAUUAGGUACUUAUUAAUCAUUGUUAUUUCCUAAAAAUUUAUGUUUUGUCCCCUUAUCCCGAGGAUCCGUAUCUGGUGAAUCUGUAUGCUGGGAAAACCAAGCUGAGUGUGUAGCCAUGUAGAACUGUUGGCGCUUUUUACAUCCAGUUCAGUGGGAGUGUAAAGUAUGUGUUUUGAGGUUUUUGACAAUAAAAUAAUUAGUAAUUUCUGCUA